AUGGCCGAAGUCGUGUCACCCGCAGGAAUCCUCCCUCACAUACCCGACGACCUCACGCUUGCGCAGUUCAUAUUGGAUGCGGAGCAUGUCAGGAGGACCGUUCGUAAGAAUGGUGCCUGGAUUGUUGAUGACCAAAGUGGGAAAAAGAUUGGGCUCGAGGAGCUCAGAGCUCGAACGUAUGGUCUAGCUAAUGCGUUGAGUAUCCGCUAUAACAUCCUGUUGAUCUACAGUCCAAAUCAUAUUGAUUACCUUGUGGCUGCUUGGGCGGCUCACAGGCUUGGUGCUGCCGUAUCCGGUGCCAACCCGUUAUUCACAGUCGACGAACUUGUGUAUCAAAUAAAUACGGUAAAAGCAGUCGUCAUCAUCACGCACCCGGACUCGUUAAAAGUGGCCUUGUCGUCUGCACAUGCCGCUGGUGUUUCCGCGGAUUGCAUCGUUCUUUUUGACGUCGAGGAUGCGGAUACUGCGCACAAGUUGACUGUGCAAGCUUUGGUUUCGCAAGGUCUUGCGAGUGCUCCGAACUUCACAGAACGAAAACUUGCUCCUGGAGAAGGGAAAACUAAGGUGGCCUUUCUGAAAUUUUCCAGCGGGACGACUGGUCGCCCGAAGGUGAGCGUGUAUUUCGUGAGGACCUGCAUGCCGUUGCAAUACCUCACUACUCACCGAUUCUGUUUAUCCGAAAGGCUCGGCCUCAUUAACUGCGCAGUGCUUCCUUUAUAUCAUAGUUACGGAUUGGUGUUCAAUGUCCAUUAUAUCUUUUUCUGCGGAAUGACGCUUGUCUUAACAGCGAAAUAUAACUUUCUGGACUUUUUGAAGAGUAUAAUCAGGCAUCGCAUCACCCAUCUUAUGUUGGUCCCCCCACAAAUUGUACUGUUAUGCAAGCAUCCAGCUGUCAAGAGUUACGAUUUUAGUCAUGUCCGAUACAUCACCUCGGGCGCUGCACCCUUGUCUCGUGAGGUAAUGGAGCAGCUUGUUCAGAUAUUCCCGAACGCCGACCUUGGGCAGAGUUAUGGCCUUACCGAAUCGGGGCCUGUUAUAAGCAGUUUGGCACUGGAUAAGAGAUGUGACUUGAGUGGUAGUGCUGGCCAACUCCUACCCGGUAUUAUCGGCCGCGUGGAGAAACCAGAUGGCACUCUCGCCGACUUUGACGAACCCGGAGAGCUUGUCGUAAAGACACAGGCGCUUGCGCUUGGCUAUGCAAACAACCUUGAAGCAACGAAGGAAACCUUUGUAAAUGGAUGGCUCCGUACCGGUGAUGAGGUGGUGUUAAACCGCAAGGGCGAAAUCGUAGAAAUGUUGAAGGUCCGUGGAUUCCAGGUCGCACCUGCCGAACUCGAAGGGUGCAUUUUGGACCACCCUGACGUGACUGAUACGUGCGUGGUUGGAGUACAAAAUGAAUAUAGUGGCGAAUUACCACUGGCAUUCGUUGUUCUCCGCCCUGAGGCCACCAAACGUAUCGAAGAAAGUCAUCUAGUUGCCGACGAAAUCAAGUCGUCUAUUAUGAAACACGUUGCUGAUAAUAAAGUUGGCUACAAGAAGCUCGCUGGAGGUGUCGAGAUCAUUGAUGCUAUCCCGAAGAACCCGAGCGGUAAACUUUUGAGGAGGGUGCUAAGAAACAAGGCCAGGGAGAUGCGGACGAAACCUAAAGCGAAGUUGUAA